UGGCCAGCUUUGGCGGCCCCACCAGUUCCUCACCCAUGUCAAAAAAAAAAAACCUCACCCAUCCCGCGGGCCCACCACUACUCCCAUUUCCGCACGCAUCGAUCAACGCGACACCGCCGGCGAUGAGCGCGAAGCAGCUCUGCGACGCCUUGGCCGCCGCGGGGUUCGACAGCGGAGAUCCGCUCGACCCGGAGAGCCUCGAUUGGGCGUUCCUCCAGGGAGACGACUCCAGCCGCGUGCUCGCGUGGAUCGCCGCCCGCCUACGCCGCGCCAACGUCCUCUCCGCCUCCGACCUCGAACUCUAUGAUCAGCUUGAACUAGAAGGGAAGCUUUUGGAGGGGAAAGACUUGGAUUCCGCUUUCGACAGUAUUUCGGCGUUCUCAGAAACUGGAGAGAACCAUGAAUACACAUUCUUGUCGGAAGAAAGUCUGGGAGACAUCCGCGACUCAAAACUAGCACUUAGAGCUGAAGUUUCUGAUUUGGAAAAAAAGCUCGCUUCUCUGGAAUGGCAGCUUGAUUUGCUUACAGCACACGCUACCACCAUCACGCAGGGAAAGAAAUCCCGCACAUCUGCUAAAACUAGCGCAACUGGAAAACUUGCGAGAUUUGAUGAGGAACUUGCCAAGAGAAGUUUAGAGAUGAAUGAAGUACUUGGAAAACUUGUUGCUACGAUCCAGGAGUUGUCUUACUAUCAUUCAGAAACUGAUAUUGGCGUCUACCUGUCAUACUGUGAUUUCCAAUCAUAUGUAAUCAGUAACCUGGCUUGUACCAAAGAACUUAACACAUGGUUCACUAAGAAGUUUGAGAAGGGAGCUCUCCGGUUUGUUGCCAAAGAAGACAUGCCAAGGGGGGAUUCUGAAAAGCCUCAUCAUUUUGUGGUUGAACUAAAGCGAAUUAAUUCAGUGUAAGUAUUUAUCAAUCUGUCGA